UACAUUGGAAAACCUUUGGCCACGAUAUACACCACUAUCGCCUCAAAUAUCUCUCAGCAGGAUCACUGAAGAGAGAAGAAAUCAGAGAGGACCUGAAUGUGUUACCAUGGUGACCACUCACACACACAUCACCCUGUCACUCCUGCUGUUCCACAUUCUCCCGGCCACAACGACUCAGGUUGAUGACCUCAUCGAUGAUGUCAUUGUCGCCACGGACCGUGGCAGAGUCCGGGGCACUCGGCUUCCCGUGCCAGGUGGUGGAUAUGUCAAGGCAUUCCUGGGAAUUCCCUAUGGGAACCCCCCCGUUGGGGAACUGCGUUUUCGCCCUCCUCAGCCUGCAGAUGGGUGGACAGGGGUACUACACGCCACACGCUACCCCAACUCCUGCCUCCAACCCCAGGAUACAUUAUUUCCUGGGUUCCGUGGAGCUGAGAUGUGGAACCCCAACACCAAGAUGAGUGAAGAUUGUCUCUACCUCAACAUAUGGACUCCUCCCCCUUUGUUUAAGACACACCCUAAACAUUCCAAGAGCUCCUCCCCUGGUUCCUCAUUAGCUCCUGUCAUGGUGUGGAUAUACGGAGGCGGGUUCACUACAGGCACCGCCUCCCUAGACCUGUAUGACGGACAAUUCCUUAGCCAAUCAGAAGGCGUCGUGGUGGUGUCUAUGAACUACAGGCUCGGUGCAUUGGGUUUCCUGUCUCUUCCUGAGAGCGAGGGUGUCCGUGGUAACGCUGGAAUGCUGGACCAGCGCUUGGCUCUGUACUGGGUAGCCAAUAACAUUGCUGCCUUCGGCGGAGACCCUUCAAAGGUGACGUUGUUUGGGGAAAGUGCUGGCUCUGCGUCUGUGGGUCUCCAUCUCCUCUCCCCUGGCAGCCAUGGUCUGUUCAACAGGGCAAUACUACAGAGUGGUUCCCCUAACACUCCAUGGGCUGUCAUGACUCAACAGCAGGCCUGGAACAGGUCCCUGUCCCUGGGUAGGCUGUUGGGUUGUCCCCUGGCACCUCUGGCUGUCCUGGAGCAGUGUCUACAGAGAGCCCAUCCAGAGGAUAUCAUCAAGCAGCAGUACAACGUCCUGUCUCUCCCCACAAUCCUAGCAUUACCAUUCACCCCCUCUGUCGACCAAAACUUCCUACCAGACAUGCCAGAGGUUCUGCUCCGGACGGGACACUUCCUGAAGACAGAGGUGCUGAUUGGUUUGAACCAAGACGAGGGGACAUACUUCCUGGUUUACGGGGCGCCAGGAUAUGACAUCACUAGCCAGAGCCUGAUCAGCAGGGAGAACUUCCUGAAAGGGGUGGACCUAGUGUUGCCGGGAUUCAGUGAUGUCACGAGGGAGACAGCCAUCUUCCAGUACACUGAUUGGACGGAUGAGAAUAGUGGGAUGAAGAAUCGUGAUUUGCUUGGGCGAAUGUUGGGAGACCAUGAUUUUAACUGCCCUGUGCUAGAGUUUGCCCAGAGGUACACAGAACAUGGGGGUAAGGCCCGCCUCUUCCUGUUCGAUCACCACUCCUCCACCAAUCCCUGGCCAGCAUGGAUGGGCGUGAUGCAUGGCUAUGAGAUUGAGUUUGUCUUUGGAAUGCCGCUGAACAGAACCUUGGGAUACCUGGAGGAGGAAGUGGUCAUGAGCAGGAGGAUAAUGAAGUACUGGGCCAACAUGGCUAGGACCGGGAACCCAAGCAUAGAGGAAGGGGAUUGGCCACUUUUCACCGUGGACCAACAGGAAUACAUCACCCUAAACUCAUCCCCUCCACACACACAAAAGAGGCUUGCAGCUCAUCAAUGCCAGUUCUGGAACAACUUCCUCCCCAAACUGCAGGACGUCACUGUGAGCGUAGAUGAGUUAGAACAGCAGUGGAGGAAUCACUUCCAUCGUUGGAUGUCGUACAUGUUGGAGUGGAAUAAUGACUACUCUGACCACAGCCUGAGCAGCCCAGAGGGUCAGAAGCAGCAGGACUGUGACCAGAGGCCCUUGGAGCCCUAGACCUUUGACUGACCCUCUCAACCCAUCAAGACUAACUUAAAAAUUAUCCUUUGCUUUUCAAGGAGACAAUACAUUUUGUCUUGCAUCAUUUGUUUCUGAACGUAAUGCCAGGCCUUUUCACUGAUCACUGCUAUAUCUGUUUGUACUUUGGUAUUUGUUCUUGUCCUUUCAAUUGAACAUGUGUCUUGCUUUGUGUAUCUGACGAUGUUAUGUUUCUGUGUGUUUGGUGGGGUAAAAUAAUGGGUGACAUGUUUCUGUGUGUUUGGUGGGGUAAAGUAACAUGAGAUGUGUUUCUGUGUGUUUGGUGGGGUAAAGUAACAUGAGAUGUGUUUCUGUGUGUUUGGUGGGGUAAAGUAAUGGGUGACAUGUUUCUGUGUGUUUGGUGCGGUAAAGUAACAUGAGAUGUAUUUCUAUGUGUUUGGUGGGGUAAAGUAACAUGAGAUGUAUUUCUGUGUGUUUGGUGGGGUAAAGUAACAUGAGAUGUGUUUCUGUGUGUUUGGUGGGGUAAAGUAAUGGGUG